UUUCAGUGGUGACUUACAAGUCAAGUUAAAAUGUCCCCAGAAGUGGCCUUGAACCGAAUUUCUCCAUUGCUCUCCCCAUUCAUAUCUAGCGUGGUCCGGAAUGGAAAAGUGGGACUGGAUGCUACAAACUGUUUAAGGAUAACUGACUUGAAAUCUGGCUGCACAUCAUUGACUCCUGGACCCAAUUGUGACCGAUUUAAACUGCACAUCCCAUAUGCUGGAGAGACUUUAAAAUGGGACAUCAUUUUCAAUGCCCAAUACCCAGAGCUGCCCCCUGAUUUUAUCUUUGGAGAGGAUGCUGAAUUCCUGCCAGACCCUUUGGCUCUGCAGAAUCUUGCCUCCUGGAAUCCUUCCAAUCCUGAAUGCCUCUUGCUGGUGGUGAAGGAACUCGUGCAACAGUAUCACCAGUUUCAAUGUAGCCGCCUCCGGGAGAGCUCCCGCCUCAUGUUUGAAUACCAGACGUUACUGGAAGAGCCACAGUAUGGAGAAAACAUGGAAAUUUAUGCUGGGAAAAAAAACAACUGGACUGGUGAAUUUUCAGCUCGCUUCCUUUUGAAGUUGCCUGUGGAUUUCAGCAAUAUUCCCACAUACCUUCUCAAGGAUGUAAACGAAGACCCUGGAGAAGAUGUAGCUCUCCUUUCUGUCAGUUUUGAGGACACUGAAGCUACCCAAGUGUACCCCAAGCUGUAUUUGUCACCCCGAAUCGAGCACGCGCUUGGAGGCUCCUCGGCGCUUCACAUCCCAGCCUUUCCAGGAGGAGGAUGUCUCAUUGACUACGUGCCUCAAGUGUGCCACCUGCUCACCAACAAGGUGCAGUACGUGAUCCAGGGGUAUCACAAGAGAAGAGAGUACAUCGCCGCCUUCCUCAGUCACUUCGGCACAGGUGUCGUGGAAUAUGAUGCAGAAGGCUUUACAAAACUCACUCUGCUGCUGAUGUGGAAAGAUUUUUGUUUUCUUGUACACAGUGAGUAUACUUUUGCUAUCAGUAUGUCAGCAUACAUCUUAAAAUGUUCUAAGCCGCAUAAACUGUUUUCAGGAGCGUUUCCUGGCCAUCUGAGAAGUCUCUGUAGCAGUUGUGUAGGUGAUCCCAUGUUUGCCAAGUUGUCCUUGCCUCUGGAGGUCGACGUUCUCUGUAAGCCGUCAGCUUUUCAUUGUGCUGAGUGGCAGGAGAGCCAGACAGUGAGGCACAGAAGCCCAGAGUGGAGCCCUACUGGGAAGGGUGCGCCCUGUUUCCGUGGCCCAGUUGGCCGCUGCCAGCAGACACAGAGGAAGCAGCUGCCUGUGGUAACAGUUGCUGCUUGGAAGGGGGAGGACUGGGAUGUGGGGCUCCAGCAGCAAGAGAGAAUCUGUGGCCGUGCGGGCAGCUCCUUCCCGUUGCCUGUAAUUGGUUGGCGGCAUCUCCAAGGACGGGCGAUGAACUUCAGAAGCCUUUUGAGCUUCCCAGAGAACCUGGAAGUCCCAGGAACAAGAGCAAAGGGUCACUCCGCCAUGCCCGAGUCAGAGAGCUGUGGAGACUGUCUUCUCUUGAAGGAGCAUGAGCGGACCUCUGACCAAAGGACACCUAGAUCUGAAGGCAGGGAGCUGGUUUUCCAGGUCCCGCAUGGCGUCCCGUUGAGCUUUGUGGGCCUGGGCAUUUGUGGAAGUGGGCCUCCUGCUCUGCAUCCACUUCAUGCCAGCACCAGGCUGAUGCCGAAGGCACUGGGCCAACGCCGAUGGCACCGGGCUCACAGAUGCUUCUUUUCUAGAGGAACUCGCACACUUAUGUGCUCGGAUUCCUGA